AUGGAAGGAAAAUUUAUCCAAUUCUUUUCACUCAUUUGUCUUUGCUUGUUUCCUGCAAUUUCUACACUUGAAGCCAAUGAUGUUAAGGCCAAUAAAGGGUGCAUUGAGAUUGAAAGAAAAGCACUGAUCAAGUUCAAAGAAGGGCUAACUGAUCCUUCUCAUUUUCUAUCAUCUUGGACAGGUGAUAACUGCUGUUCAUGGAAGGGCAUAAGUUGCAGCAAUGAAACAGGCCAUGUGGUGAAGAUUGAACUCCAGAACUAUGAAUGUUUCAAUGAUGCUGGAAACUACUAUGGAAGCAACCAAAACGCAUCGUGUCUUGGCGGCCAGAUAAGUACAUCUUUGCUUGAUUUGAAAUACUUGGAUCACCUUGAUCUGAGCUUGAACAGUUUCCAAAUUCCGAUCCCAGAAUUCUUGGGUUCACUUGGAAUGUUGAGUUACCUGAAUCUGUCGCUUGCAGCAUUCACUGGAAUGAUACCUCAACAUCUUGGAAACUUGUCGAAUUUGCGCUAUCUUGAUCUGAGCUCGAUUCUUCCCUGCAGUCUAAUGAUUUGUAUUGGCUCUCUAAACUUGCCUCAAUCUCUACACACUGUCAAUUUUACUUCCCUCUCUGUCCUAGAGCUCACAGGAAACAGAUUCAAGUCACCAAUCCCUCGGUGGUUUUCUAACCUCAGCACCCUGGUUCAGCUUGACUUAACAAUGAGUGAGAUCACAGGAGAUGUAAGUGCAGUUAUUGGAGACCUAACCACGUGCUGCAAGAAUAGCUUAGAGGAGCUGAUCUUGGCAGCAUGGCUGAAGACUCAGAAGCAGCUCUCAACAGUCAUCCUUACUAAUGUGGGCAUUUCAGAGCUUCUUGAAUUACUUGAUCUUGGAGGGAACAGAUUUGCAGGGAAGAUACCAAAAUGGCUAGGGGCAAGCCCUCUAGCACUAUUUGAGUUACGAUUACGGGCCAACAGGUUCAGUGGCAGCAUUCCAGAAGAAGUAUGCAAUCUUAUAUAUCUCCACAUAUUGGACAUUGCAGCCAAUUAUCUGUCUGGAUCGAUCCCAGCAUGCCUAGGCCAGUUGACACACAUGCAGAUAGUGCUACCAUUUGUUCCAAUAUCACCAAUAUCAGCAUUCAAAGACAUUGCCGAGAUGGAUUUGGUGGUGAAGGGAAGACAGAUGAGAUACGGCAAGACCCUCGAACUGGUGAACAUUCUUGACCUUUCGAGCAAUAAUUUAUCCGGAGAGAUUCCAAAAGAGAUAACCAGACUCUUAGCCUUAGGUACUUUAAACCUCUCCAGAAACCAAUUGACCGCAAAUAUACCUGAGGAAAUUGGAAACUUGAGCCUGCUGGAAACUCUUGAUCUUUCCCAUAAUCAUCUUUCAGGCCCCAUACCCCGAAGCAUGACUGCCAUGACAUUUUUGAACUACCUGAACUUGUCAUACAACAACUUGUCGGGGCAAAUUCCUUCAACCAAUCAGUUCCAAACCUUCAAUGAUCCCUCCAUCUAUGAGGGAAACGCAGGACUUUGUGGCGUUCCUCUUCCAACAAAAUGCGAUGCAGUGAAUGCUGGUGAUGCAGAAGACAAAGGCCGCAUGAAAGAUCACAGCGUGGAAGAAGAUGGUGAAGACAGCACAAAGCUUGAAUUCUACAUCAGCAUGGUACUGGGAUUCAUUUUGGAUUUUGGGGUGUGUUUGGUAGUUUGUACGUAUAUAAGCCGUGGAGACAAGGCUAACUGCAGUUUGUUGAUAAAGUGAAAGACUGGAUGAUACUAGUUGCCAUCGCGCUGAAGGAUGUCUUUAGGUAAUUAGCUCCUAUUCCUUUCCCUUUUCGAUUUGCAAUGAGGAAUUUUACGUGUAUGCAUGUGUUGUCUUCAGAUAGAGUCUUGUAUCAUUGUUGCUUAAUUUAAUUUUAAUAAAGAUGGAUUUGAAGAUUUCUCCAGAGGAGAGGAAGCACAUUUGGA